AUGAUAAAUCAAAGUGUACCGUUUCCCCGAGACUUUCUCGAAGUGGCUAAGGUUAUCUUAAAACGGCUGUUCAGAGUUUACGCUCAUAUCUAUCAUCAACACUUCAAUGUUGUAAAGGAGCUCCAAGAAGAAGCCCACCUUAACACCAGCUUUAAACACUUUAUCUUUUUUACACAGGAGUUUGACCUGGUCCAAAAACGAGAACUUGCUCCUUUGCAGAAGCGCAUUGAUUUGCUAUGUGGCAGCCCUCGUGCUGAGCUUCCAUUGUCGGGAGAGCCAGGUUCUGAACCAGUUGUUGGCCGUUUGCCUUUUCAGCAGUCACCUACUGUUGGGCAGAUGUCGCCUAAUCUUACUUCCGCUACUAGCAUUGACAGUAACAUCAUCGGCAUCACCAACAGUCCAAACUACACUGACAACCUUGCCGAGAAAACGCCUGGCAACAUUACGAUCACCAUGGCUAAGAUACCUACGACAGUCUCGACUUCCGCUACUCCCUCCUCUGUCUCAUCUAGCUAUACUUCCACGCCGACCAUCGCCUUCACCCCCAUCGUCUCGAACCCCUGCGCAAGCGUCAAUUGCGUUUCGAAUCAUCCGUCCACUGGCUACAACCACCCUAGCUGCGGAGUUCUACAACAUCCACACCAUUUUGACCACCCUCCCCCUAAUCACAACCAACACUUGCAAAACCUCCAACAGCAACAAUAUUUGCAACAGCAGCAAAUUAGACGGAAAUAA